AGUUACCUUAUCUCCGAGCUGUCCCUCUCUCUCUCUCCCUCCAAACAACCCAAAAAUAUCACAAUGCAAUUCAUUUCCCUCACCUCACUCUCACCUGAAACCACCACUUUCCACCACCACCACCACCGGCACCGCCGGAGAAGAAGCUCAUGUUUUCAAGCCUAAUGGCUACCAAGUUGGGGUUUGCUCUAACCACAGCGCCGCGCCUCUUCGCUUCUUCGUCACGGAAGCCAUUGAUUUCGCCGGCAUCGUUGUCAUCUGCAUCAUCUUGUUCGAGAGUUGAGUCAUUUCAAUUGGUCGGUCGGCAGUUGCGUCUUUCGCGUAGACUUUUUAUUAUUUCACCUAAGGCCACUGCAGACCAGCAAGGUCAGGUCCAAGGAGAUGACGUUGUUGAUUCUAAAAUCUUGCCCUACUGUAGCAUAGACAAGAAAGAAAAGAGGUCAAUUGGGGAGAUGGAACAAGAUUUUCUUCAGGCACUGCAGUCUUUUUAUUAUGAGGGAAAGGCUAUUAUGUCAAAUGAGGAAUUUGACAACCUCAAGGAAGAACUCAUGUGGGAAGGAAGCAGCGUUGUUAUGCUAAGUUCUGAUGAACAGAAGUUUCUUGAAGCCUCCAUGGCCUAUGUUGCAGGGAACCCGAUAAUGUCUGAUGAAGAGUUUGACGAUUUGAAGAUAAAGCUUAAGAUUGAAGGAAGUGAAAUUGUAGUUGAGGGUCCAAGAUGCAGUCUUCGUAGUAAAAAGGUUUAUAGUGAUCUGUCUGUCGACUAUCUCAAGAUGUUCCUCUUGAAUGUCCCAGCUGCUGUUGUUGCACUGUCAUUGUUUUUCUUCCUGGAUGAUGUGACUGGAUUUGAAAUCACUUUUCUUUUGGAGCUCCAGGAACCAUUCAGUUUCAUUUUCACGUGGUUUGCUGCAGUGCCCCUCAUAUUUUGGCUAUCUCAGACAAUUACCAAAUUUAUUUUGAAAGAUUUUUUGAUCCUAAAGGGCCCCUGCCCAAACUGUGGUACAGAGAAUGUUUCGUUCUUUGGCACUAUACUGUCAAUUUCCAAUGGUGGUACCACCAACAAUCUUAAAUGUUCCAAGUAAGUUUAAAGCUAUUUACUAACUGCAUUAAUCGAUAGACAUUGUGAAUUUUUAAUAUUGAUGUUCCUGCAAGCAUUCUCUUGGGAUCAUUAGUUAAAGAGGCAAUAUUUUCUCCACUGACUUUUUGAAAUCUCGUCUAUAAUAUUUUGUCUAUAGUUGUGAGACUCAAAUGGUGUAUGAUUCAAAGACACGCUUGAUUACAUUGCCUGAAGGAAGUGAAGCUUGAGUGCAGGUACAUAUACCCAUUCAACCCUAAAAUCCUUGUACUUGAUCAUGGUAACACCAAAGAGUUAACAAUUUCAAAAGCUUCUACUUUAGUUUCCAUAUGCAAUUUGACUGCUUGAUCAAGGCUGCAACUUCAGAUAGUUGGGCCAUCUCAAGUUCAGUUCAAGCUUUCCCAUCGAGACACUGCUGGUCAAAAUCGAGUCCAAUAGUCCAAUUUUUUUUAUUGGUUUGGACCUUUUUUCCAUCCAUGAUUGCUUAGGGGAUUAAAAGGCUUGGCCUGGGCUGAUUUUAUUUUUCAUUUUUCAUUGUUUAUGUUUUAUCCACUUUUGGUUUACUGAUUUGAAGAUACUGUUAUCUCGUGUUGGAAUCUCCUUUUUUGCUAGCAUUAUUAGGGUAAAACCAAAAUUUAGAUCUGAUCCUACCCCAGCCAAGUAAAACCUUAGUCCUGUCCACUAUUUGAGUGACUGCAGCUGGAAGGUUUCAGCUGGAACCCAAAGUUGCAGGCCCAGUUAUGACCUAGGAAGAUUCCUUGUUUUGCAGAGUAGCAAUGAGGUUAAAAUUCUUGACAUUUUGUUGAUUCAAUAAACAAAAAUCUCAAGGUUUCUCAAUGCAGGAUCGACCUAUGUGGAAGGACCUACUACUACAUAACUUUGUGGUAACAUGUAAAGUUACUGGGAAAGGAAUCGGGUUGUGUUUUCAGGAAGUGCAAAGAGAUGGGCAGACAUCAAUGUGAUGGGUUGGAGCUGAAUUUCUAGCUCCAUGUCAAUAUUGCUUGUAUCUAUAUGUUCAUAUCGAUAUCUAAUACAGGCUUGUACACUCAGAGAGGGACGAUAUUGUUGUAAUCAAAACGUCCUACUUUAUUAGAAUUGUGUUUUGUGUAACUUCAUAGUUUUGGGUUUUUCUCCUACAAUCCGGCAAGUCUUUCAUGUAACCCCUCCUCAGCAUGGGUUCUAAGUCACUACAGUAAUAUUCCCCCCUGUUUUUGGUUUUUGGCA